AUGAAUGCGGAAAAUUCAGGCGCUCCCAACAAUCGGCUUGCUUCCUACAAACAUGGGGUCAAAAGUAACACGGAACUUCGCCAGAAGCGCCACGAGGUCACAGUAGAGCUACGAAAAAAUAAGAAGGAAGAUCAACUGUUCAAACGUCGUAACAUUCACAAUGAGGAACCGACUGCUACUUCACCGCUGCAGGAGAGCAACAUAAUGAGCCCGGCUGGACUAAAGUUUGAGGAAAUAAUGACGUACAUUAAUAGCGGCAAUCCACAAAAAGAGUUCGCUGCCGUGCAAGCGGCUCGAAAAAUGCUAAGUCGGGAGAAAAAUCCACCGAUUGAUAAAAUGAUUGGCUUGGGAAUCGUGCCUGUGUGUGUGAAGUUUUUGGAAAAGUUUGAUCGAGUAGAUUUGCAGUUUGAGGCUGCUUGGGCAUUAACGAACAUUGCAUCUGGAACCUCGGAACAAACUAAAGCCGUGAUCGAUGCUGGAGCUGUUCCACGCUUUAUUACUCUUCUGAACUCCCCCUCCGCAAAUGUGGCUGAGCAAGCUGUCUGGGCAUUGGGAAACAUUGCCGGUGACGGUCCAAAGGCUCGUGAUAUUGUUCUGGAAUACAACAGUGUCGAAUGUAUUAUUUUUUUGAUUCGAAGCGCUGACACACAAAUUUCAUCUCUUCGUAAUAUCGUAUGGUUAAUGUCUAAUUUGUGUCGCAACAAAAAUCCGCAGCCUCCAUUCGAGCGUAUUGAGCCAAUGAUACGUGUUAUCUCCCAGCUCCUGGAUCACUCAGAUCCUCAAAUACUGGCGGAUGCAUGCUGGGCACUGUCAUACGUGACGGACGACGAAGCAGCCCGGAUUGAGUGUGUGGUUGCGUCGGGUGCCGUCCCACGGCUGGUUCGGUUACUGGGAUGCGGUAAUCCUGUCAUUAUUACACCUGCCCUCCGUAGUGUCGGUAAUAUUGUAACCGGAAAUGACACUCAAACUGAUGCCGUGAUCGAAGCAGGAGCUCUGCAACAUCUCGCAAAACUUUUGCAGAACAGUAAGAAUAGCAUUGUUAAAGAAGCUGCUUGGACUAUUUCCAAUAUCAGCGCUGGAAAUCAGCUGCAGAUUGGUAAAGUGAUUGAUUCGGGUGUUAUAAGCCAUUUGAUUGAGGUAUUGAGCAAAGGCGAUUUCAAAUCGCAAAAGGAGGCUGCCUGGGCUAUCACCAAUAUUACAACUGGUGGUUCGACCGAGCAAAUAGUACAUUUGGUGGAAAAGUAUUCUCUGAUGAAACCCUACUGUGAUCUACUGGUGGCGAAGGACAGCCGAACGGUGCGGGUGGUUUUGACUGGAAUUGCCAACAUCUUCCAGGUGUCCGAGAAGAUCGGUGGAACGGACAAUUUGUGUGCGCUGUUUGAGGACAUAGGUGCUCUUGAUAAGGUAGAAGCAUUGCAGAAUCAUGAAAAUGAGGAAAUAUACAAAAAAGCACUGGAGCUUAUUGAGACAUACUUUGUUGAUGAGAAAGACUUGGUUGAUUCGCAGCCGUUUGAGGUGGCGUUUAAUCAAGGCGAAUCGACAAAAGGUAAGAAGUUUUCCUUCUAG